AUGAAUUUCAUCACUGCCUUGACAAACUGUAAAUACCUAGUGAAAUUAGGGUUGGAUUACAAUCCUUUAGAGGGUACUUUUCCAGGAUCAGUUGGGAACCUUUCUUACUCAGUUGAGAGAAUUUAUGCAUACGACUGUGAACUCAAGGCAAAUAUUCCAGAUAGCUUUGGCAAUUUGAGCAAUUUAUUGCUUUUGAAUGUGGCUGGAAAUAACUUGAUGGGACCAAUUCCAGACACAUUAGGAGGCAUGCAAAACGUUCAAGCUCUCAAUUUCCAAGAUAACCUACUAACUGGACCACUCCCUGAAAAUCUUUGUGAUUUGAAGAACUUGUAUGGUUUAAGUUUGAGCCAGAAUACCAUUUCAGGUGCUAUUCCAUCAUGCUUAGGUAAUGUUACUUCUCUCAGAUAUUUGUAUAUCGCCCGAAACGUCCUGAACUCUGGCAUACCUUCAAGCUUGUGGAACCUGAAGGACCUCAUUGAAUUGAACCUAUCCUCAAAUUCAUUGAGUGGCUUCCUGCCUCUAGAAAUUCAAAAUUUGAAGGCAGCAACACUUAUUGAUAUAUCAGCAAAUCGCUUUAUACCAAAGUCCUUUGAGAACCUUCAGUAUCUCCAAGGCAUCAAUCUUUCUUUCAACAAUCUAAGAGGAGAAAUACCUACCGCUGGCCCUUUUAGGAACUUGACAAGUCAGUCUUUCAUGUCUAAUGAUGCUUUCUGUGGUGCUCCACAAUUUCUUGUUCCUCCUUGCAGCAAUUCUCAAACUCACGAUUCCAGUAGAAAGAAAAGAUUGCUAGUGGUUUAUGUUCUUUUAGGUGCUGUAGCUGCAGUGAUUACCAGCAUAAGUUUAACAGUUAUAUUUUUAAUAUACAGAAGGAAGAAAAAGGUUACAAGAACGCCUGAUUUACAGCUCACACCAGCACCAGCAAGAAUAUCAUACUAUGAACUUCUUCGAGCAACCAAUGGAUAUGCUGAAAGCAAUUUACUAGGCAUUGGCAGUUGUGGAUCUAUCUACAAAGGGAUUCUGAAUGAUGGAACAGUUGUGGCUGUCAAAGUCUUCAAUUUGCAACUAGAAAUUGCAUUCAAGAGCUUCCAAGUAGAAUGCGAGGUUUUUCGAAACCUUCGCCAUCGAAAUCUCACGAAAGUAAUUGGUAGUUGUACCAAUGAUGAAUUUAAGGCCCUCGUACUCGAGUAUAUGUCUAAUGGGAGUCUUGAAAAGUGGUUGUAUGCAGAGAAUCAUGUCUUAGAUAUGUUGCAAAGGUUGAAUAUAAUGCUAGAUGUGGCUCAUGCCUUGGAAUAUCUCCACUAUGGAUACACAACUCAGGUGGUUCAUUGUGAUCUGAAGCCUAGUAACAUACUGCUUGAUGAAUAUAUGGUUGCCCAUGUGAGUGAUUUUGGAAUUGCAAAAUUGUUUGGUGAAGGAGAAAGUGUUUUGCAUACGAAAACGCUUGCAACAUUGGUAUACAUUGCACCAGCUGAAAAGCAGGACUUCGUGUUGCAGAUUUUGGAAUUGGCUUUAAAAUGCUGCACAGAACACUCAACAGAUAGGAUCAAUAUGAAAGAUGUUGUGGCAUCAUUGGAGAGGAUUAAGCGCCCACUUCAAAAAUUCUCUGGUAAAUUCACAUGA